AUGUUUCUCCUUUUCACCACCUUUCUCUUCAUCUCCCAGUCGAUCUCAGCCGUCCAUGUUCGAAACACAACAACCAACGACCUAGAUUUCAUCCGAACGAGCUGCAACGCCACAGAAUAUCCAGACUUGUGCGUCACGUCUCUCUCCCGUUACGCCUCCGCCGUUCACAAAAGUCCGGCGAAGCUAGCCAAACUCGCGAUCCGAGUCUCGAUGUCGGAAGCCAAAUCAACGGCGGGUUUUCUCUCCAAACUCACCAAAUCCGCCGUCGCUGUAACCGCCAAACACUCCCAAGGAGAAAUAACUCGCGCCGCGAUCCGAGACUGCGUUUCGAACGUUGAAGAAGCCAUCGACUACAUGAGAGACUCUCUCCGACAACUAGGCAACAAGAACGGUACGUGCGACGGCGUUACAGUGGGUGGACCGGUGGAGACCUUUAGGUGUCAGAUGAAUAACGUACAGACGUAUAUGACCGCAGCAAUGACGAUGGAGGAGACGUGUACGGAUGGUUUUGACGAGAUGCAAAAGCCAGUGAGGAUUAUUAACACGACUGUUCGUCCUCGUGUUGAGCAAGUGAAAAGGGUAACGAGUAAUGCUCUUGCGCUUGUUGUUGCUUAUGCCAAUGGAGGUCCAUGA